AGUUUGUUGUAGCGGGUAACGUUUCAGUCAAUGCGCGCUGGAAGAUGAACAUGUUGAAGUAAGUUACUUUGCCCAAUUCCCUGGCGACAUGCGCUCGGAGACCCUCCCAGUGAGUGGAGAUGUGGUGCGUGAUACGGUACCACGACUGUAUCAUCUCAGAGCUGAAAGGAGCGAGGUUUUCUGGACAUUCGAUGGUCCUGGCUUCCAUACAGCACAUCAGCCAUGGAAAGUCACGGUCAGAACGAUCGACAGUACCAUAAAAAUAGUACGAUCUUUCUCCUCCAGUCUGUCCACGGCGCUUUCUUAGUGUUCGUGCAAGUAGAGGAACGUUUGCAGAGUGUUGCAGAGCAGCCAAGCUCAUGCUCAGUCAGCUGGAUACCAAGUGGCUCUUCAAAACCGGCAGAGGAAUGUCUUGGCCAACUGGUCUUCGGCAGCGCGCGGACUGCACGGUCAUCGGCAACGCCAGCCCAUUCCUAGGAUGCCGUGCAUGGUCAGCACUUGGACGAGUACCACGCACUUGCACGACGACGCUCCUGCUGCUCCUGCUGCUGCUAUUGAUUCUGCUGGUCAUACCCUGCGAGGCUGGAGCAGUACCAACUCAAGUCAAUGUCACUGUUCCCUGUACACUGCACGUGCAAUGCCCUCGUGCGGGAGAUCCGGCAUGCGCCACGUCAUGCUGCGGAGAAUAUGGCUGCUGCACAACUGGGGCGCAAAGCACAUUGCUCUCAACACAGCAUCGUCUCAGCGGCCAGUGUGCCAAUGAUACCGGAUUGCAGUACAGCGAGUGCAGGCGUCUGAUUGUGCAAUGUGUGAACAGCGGUCUGCCGCUGGACAGCUGUGCAAAGGAUGCUUGUUUCCCAAAGGACAACGCUGAAUGUUGCUACGUAGAGGAUGUUGCAAUGACAGACUGUUUUACCUUCUUCCUCGCACAUCCGCCAGUGCAUGUUGUGUGUGUUCCUCAGUCGUGCAUAGCAUCACAACAACUGGAUAUCUAUAUGGAGGAUUGGAACGGUCUGUACUGUGCCAUUUCUGGCCAUCCAGAUGUGCUCCAUUCUUGUCCGAUUUCUUCAGUGCAGUCUUUUUGUGUCGAUGACUCGUUCAGUUCAUGCUCUCUGGUCCAGUCCACCAAGUGUACCGCCCGGUACGGACACGAGUCGUUAGCUCCCAACACCGAUAGGUGUAACUGGACAUUAGCCAACGCAACUUCCGUCACUAUGCCAACAGAUCACUCGGGCAACAGCACCAACGACGAAAACUCUACUGUCAGCGGCGAUCCCAGCGGUAUACCAAGCAGCCAGGCGCCGACCGAUCGCCUGGCUAGCAGCACCGGCAAAGAUAGCUAUUUAGGGUUUUACGUCGGGCCCUAGACGACGGCUACUUUGGCCAACCGGACAACGAAGAAGUUGUGACCAAAGAGAAUGAUUUUAUUUCUUGCGCAUGCGUAUGUAGAAUGACGUAAUACUCAGGGAGUGAGGUCGCUACAGUACUCCCCCGCCAGUGGUGAGGUCGGGAGGAGCGAAGCACGAUAAACAAGAAACAAGAAAGAGAAGAGAAAGGAAAGCGCAGCAUGUACAAGGCGGAAAGGCAAAAAUAUAAUAAUAUGAUACAUAUGUACAAGCGAGAGCGCUGCGUGUAUGAAAUUUGUUUGAGACGUGGCAACAAAGGCCGAAACAAAAUCAAAAAUGCAGAAAGCGGAAAUGAGAGAGAUGCAUGACAGAGGCGGGUUAACAUGUCAGAGGUGUGUUAACGUGACAGAGGUGGAGAGCAUGUCAGAGGCAGAAAGAAAGAAAAGAGGAAAUGUACGCGUGACAGAGGAGUGUUAUCGUGUCAGAGGCGGAAAGAAAGGAAAUGUACGCGUGACAGAGGAGUAUUAUCAUGUCAGAGGCGGCUGCAUCUUGCAGGCUUGGCGGGGUACCAGCAGGAGCGCUGCACUGAUGCGAGGCAUGCCGAGUGAGGCGGGGACAGAUGGAGGCGAGCGCAGCUCCAUGGGGUCCGGUGCCGGGCGUGUGCCUGCGUGCGUGCACAGUGAGUGAGCUGGUACGACGGGUGGAGGUGGCCAAUUUCCAGCUUGAGGCCAGGACGAAGACGACUGGACGAUGUGCCGUGGCAGGAUAGCGGGGUAUCCAGGUGGGCCGGGAGGGUGGCAGGGGCCACAGCAGCUCCGAGGCGGAUCCAGUGACGAGUGGUGGUGAGGCUCAAGUUUUACGUCAACAGCCGGCGAUUGACGGGAUCCCGAGAGUUGAGGCGAGCAGGAAACUGCGGCGGGCCGAGCUCAGGGAUGGCAUGCUCAAAACUCCGAAGAGCGCAGCGUCAGGGGUCACCAAUUUAGGGUUUUACGUCGGGCCCUAGACGACGGCUACUUUGGCCAACCGGACAACGAAGAAGUUGUGACCAAAGAGAAUGAUUUUAUUUCUUGCGCAUGCGUAUGUAGAAUGACGUAAUACUCAGGGAGUGA